UUCUCGGCGCUUUCGUUGCGACAAGUUGUUGCUGUUGCCCAUUUACAAAACAAAAAACAAAAAAAUUAAAAUACUAAUAAAAAACAAACCCACCACAAGCAAAACUAUUAAUUUUUUUAUUUAAUUUUAUUAUACCGUUUGUUGCAUUUGCCCGCUGCAAUUUGCGCCGCUGCAGCUGCCGUUGCGCGAGUGAGGGCGAAAGAGCAAAAGACAGAGAGAGCGCGCGCAAUAUCAGAAAUUGUUUUUGUUGUUGUUGUUUCUGUUUUUUUUGUUUUUUGCGAUAGCAAAAAAUAGGCGUGUAAUGUGUGUUUCGCUAGCUCCUGCUGCAAUUGUAACGGUGCCGCGGCAGUGUGUCAGUGUUGUAAAGCGUUAGCAUGGCACGCAAGGAUGAUCCCGUAUUCAAUGUGAAAUUCGUGCAGCUGGUGGAAAAUCAGGCAUGCCUAUGGAACUAUACACAUCCGGGCUAUAGCAAAAAGGAGGAGGUGCAGAAGGCCUGGCAACAUGUGGCCAAUGAAAUAAAGGAUACAGUGCGUAACUCGCGGGAACGUUGGCGCACCAUACGCAGCAGCUUCUUGCGAUCCCUGAAGGCGGCGCGCACCCAGACGGGUCGGGGUAAACGCAAAUACUAUUUGUCCAAGUAUCUGCAGUUUCUGAUACCCUACACAAAGUCGCGCGCCUGUCACAAACAGUUGCCCGCCCAAACGAACGCCACGCCCAAUCCCAAUACGAGCCCCAAUCCCGGGGGCAUGGUCCUGCGCAAGCCGAGCACCUCAACGACGGCGGCAACAUUUCUGGCUGCCGCUGCGCUCAGCACGCAGCCAAUGACGCGCAUUGGACACAUGCGGCUGCUGGAGCAUCAUCAUCAUCAUCAUCAUCAUCAUCAGCAGCAGCAACAACAGCAUCAUCAUCAGCAGCAGCAGCAUCAGCAGCAGCAGCAUCAGGAGAGCCAGGUUAACGAGGGCGACGACAACACCAAAGACAGCAAUGGCAGCCGGCCGGCCGAUGUGCAGGUCUCCGAGCAGGAGGAGGUGGAGGAGGAGGAGGAGGAGGAUAACCCGGAGCAGGAGCACGAGCACGAGCACGAGCACACGGAGACAGACGCCAGCCUAGCGCAGACACCGCUGCGCCUCCAGGCCAUCAAAGUGGAGCAGCAGCAGCAGCAGCAGCAGCAGCAGCAAAGUGCUGACAAAAUUGUUGCUGCAGCUGCGCAGCAUUCGCUGGUCACGCUGCCAGUUACAAUGGCUGCGGCGCUGCGCAACAACAUGGACUGGACGGUGGCCGAGUGGCUCAAAGGCAGCAACUGCAACCAGUUGCAGUUUCAGCAUCUGCACAACAACAACAACAACAACAGCAGCAACAACAACAACAACAACAACAACCAUCUGCUUCAGCAUCAGCAUAGCAACAUGUUGACGCAUCUUGGACACGCGGCAACAACGCCGCCAGCUGCAAGCACACCUGCACCCGCACCAGCAGCGGCGGCGGCGGCGGCAACGGCAGCGGCAGCACCUGCAGCCGUUACGCAGCCGGAUGCGGAUUAUUCGUUUCUGAUCAGCCUGCAUCCGUAUCUGAAGGAGAUGAGCGGCAAGCAGAAUCGUCGCUUUCGUCAGAAAGUUGUCGGACUCAUUGACAAUGUCCUGGACAAUGUGGAUGUUUAGACGCAGGCAACGCAACACAACAAACAACAAACAAAAACAACAAACAAAAACAACCGACAGUGCCCAUUUGUUAGAUAUAGCAACUAAAUGUACUUGUAUUGUUUAGGCGUUCAACGCAAUUAUUGCAUUGUUUUUGUUAAAGUUAAACACACAAUCUCACACACACACACACACACACACACACAUUUGUUAUAUGUAAAAAAUAGAAGAAAAAAAUAAACAACAAGAAAUAUGUAUGUAUGUUAUGCAAUGCGAAUAAAACGCUUUUGAAAACAAA